AUUUUCUGACAGAACUGUGUAUUUGGCAUUAAAUACUCUUUCUGCUGGUUAUGCUUAGCAGCAGUCUCACAGGACACAAGCGGAUGCCUUUGCUUCCCCCUGCUUGUAGUUGUUAAGUCAUCUGGAUUUUAUUUUUUCCCCUUGGUUCUAAAAGGUACUCUAUGAAAACUACCUGCUAGUAACAAACUGUGACUUCCAACAUACUCUAGCAUGCUUGGUAAUAUUUUAAUUUUGUAAUGUGAGUAAUACUUUUCAUAUGGAUGUUGUUUUUUUCUGUAACAAAGUAGUAUUUGAAUAUAGGCCAAGGUUAAUUUGAAGAUUGGGAGGCAACCCAAAGUCUGUGUUGCAUAAGGAGUCAUGAGACCUUAAGAUAGAAAGGGGGAGGACUUAUUAGAAUUUUAAAGUGACUUGUAUAAGGUGCAAAGUAUCAGUAAUGCCUGGAAGUAUGUACUUUGAUGUAUGGUGUUUACAACAGCUGUGACUAAAUUUCUCCUGGCUUUGUUUCCCUUCUUUCUGUCAUGGGGGUUAGUGCUGUAAUGAAAUACACAUGCAGAUUCGAAAGUUCUUAUCUUCUAAGGUUUUGACUGUAUGCAGCUCCCAACCAUAUGAAAAUAAUGGCAUCAAGCAAACUCAAGCCCAAAAGUAAUAUGACAAUUCUUCUUAAAACUACUUUUCUUUGUCUCUCCCUUUACGCUGACAAACUUGUUUUGUGUGCCACACAUAACAUGAUCCUGAAACUAAAGUAAAUGUAUCCUACUGUUUAAAAAAAAAAAAAGUUCUAACUUGAACGCCAGGAAGAACUUUUCAGAUAGUCUGCCUACACAAAACAGUUUGUACAGCCACAAAGCUGUUAAAUUUUUUGAUAGGUUUAGUUUCAAAAAGUUGUGGGUUUAGCUACUACUUCUAGUAGUCUUCGAUGUUAGCAUUAUAGCAGUGGUUUUGACAAUAUAGCCAGUUGGUUUGAGAAGGGCUGUAUUACCUCUACAAACAUUUAUUCUUUGUUGCAUGCAUAGUUUGCAAAUAAAAUGCAAGGGUUUUUUUCUACCCUUGAGGUGAUCAAACAGAAGGUAUUAAAAACGCAUAGGUGAAUCAAAAGGACUCAAAAAGUCUCCCUAAGUCUAAGAAUGCAUUUAUUUAUACCUUUUCCUUGUCUUUUACCAAGCUUUUGCAAGGACUUUGUAGAGGAGAAGGUCAUAGGUGUUGGCAUAUGCAUUAUAGUCCUGCCACUGCAUGGUUAAACCUACAGGGCUGCUUGGAAUUUAUGAAGAACUCCAGGAUAAACAGGGCUCUAAUUCAGCAUAAUUUUUGCAUUUCUUAAUGGGCUGAGUGAAACCUGAUUGCUGCUUCAUGUCAUAAGUAUUAGUGACUUUAACAAGUCAGUGUAUGGACUGGAGGGGUCUUGAGCUGUGUUAUGUUAAGAAUGUUACCAGAAUGUACUCCCUAAGUUUGCUUUUCUUCAAAUUAUAGUAGUUGGAAUUCAUAAAUGGUGCUGAAGCUGUCCACAGGCUUUUUGAGUGACAGGCUGCCUUGGAGUGAGGAGGAAGUGGAAGUCUAUGUAAACGCAGAACAUGUGGCAAGGAUGGAAAUGUCUAAUGAAUGGUAACACAAGGAGGUUGGAGAGGGAAAUGCAGAAGCUGUUAGUAGGAUCUGUUCUCUUUUUUUCACAUUACAGUGAGCUUGCCUGUCUUAAACGAGUAUGGCAGAGUCAUCAAUAUGAAAAAAAUCAAAUUAUGGUUAGGAAAACUAAUACAUUGGGUUUUAUCUAUGAGAAACUUGAAGCUUUUAAUCAGCAAAACUAAUGAAAAUAAAAAAAAUAUUGGUAGUGCUGGAAAUGUGAUAUUUUUUUAAAAAAAUUGAUUCUCCCUAAGCAAGCUCUGCAAAAAAUUUUUAACCAAAAAGUUCGAUCAAAAAUGUCGUGAUAUGUGAGCAUUUUACAGUCUCUGCAGACUGUACCCUUUUCUAAGAAAGGGGUCAUCAAAGUAGAGGCUUGAAUGGGUGUCAAGAUAGGUUGUUUGUAGUUUUCAUACCUCAGUACACAAAAGAUGUCAGCAUAAUGAGCUGAUAAUAUAAUUAUAUUAAUUUGUGUUUGGUGAGUAUCUUGGAGUAGAAUAUUUUACAUUUACUAGACUGAAUCAUGAAAUGGAUGAAUGAGCUUUUUCCUAAAGUUCUUUGAAUAUGGUAGUGUAAUUCUAGUUGCUUUAAUACAUGAAAUUAAAUUCUAAUUCAAAACAUUCAUUUGUAACGGCAAUUUAAGUAAUUUCUAGUUUAAGAUGAUAGCUAAAACAUAAUAAGAUGACCUAUUUAUGGGUGCUAAAUUAUAUGGGGCCUGUAUGUUAGGAUAGCAUUUUAAGAAGUUGAACUCUUGGAACUUCCCGUGCAGUCUGACUAGGUGAUUUCUCAGUGGGUGGUGAAAUUCUUUUAUUUGGCUCAUUUAAAACUGAGGAAAACAUACAUGUGAUAUUUAAGCAGCAGAAAGAAUAUUGGGAACAGUUUCUACUCUUGCAUAUUUCCCUUGAUAAACUAUAGAUAAUGUUUUAAUUGAAGCAGAUACUCCUUUGUCUUAAGAAUGCUUUAAAUAAAGCUAAAGUGGUGACUUUCCUGUAAGUUCCAGAACAUCAAUUUCCUGUUUGUAACCAGAUAUACACUGUCUUUUUUUAAAUGUUUGUACAAAUUUCAGUGUAGGUUAGGAUGACAAGCAUACUUUAGGAACUUAUGCUUAUAGCUUUGUGCUAAUGAAGUAGUGAAUGAAGAAUAAAGAACUUUUUUUAGGUAUUUUGGGAAUUCAGGCCAGCUAAAGUAGUGUGUGUUGCAUAUAACUAAGAACGCAUUGGGAAUGAAGUUAUCCUGUCCAAUGUCUUUCAUGUGGUUAUUUGUGUACCUGAGUUAAACAAAGGUGUAUCUAACUCUCCCUGUAUACUCUGCCUUGUCCAGAAUAGAUGUGUAGAUGUGAAUAAUUGUUGUCUUUGUGGGUUGCGUCCUGGGAUAAAAAAAAAAACCCAAGCAACAUGGAGGCUGGUCCAGUUCAGUAACUUCCAUGAGAUACAGAUGGGAAUUCUGUCUGUUUACAGCAAUUAAAACACUUAAAGCAGAACUUAGAUUGUCAGUAUAAAAAUUGGAACACCAUAAAGUUGCUGAUAUAAUAGUGAAGGCCUUCUUGUCAGGAGCUACUUUUUCCUUCUCUUCACCAUCCCUUUUCACUUCUAGAACUUUAACAGAAGGAGAAUUAGUCAGGAGAGGAUGAGUGAGUUUAUUUUGGUGCACUUCCCAUGGGUCAGGUGCCUGGAUGCUGCUGGCAGAAGAGGGUAGGAGGUACAGAUUGAGAGCCCUUAUGGUGUAUGUCAGAUUAGUGCAACAUAUAACCAUGGAAUUAGUGUUAACUGGUCAUAAUCUGUGACUUGGAUAUUUGAGCUUACCCUGUUGCAAACUUUUUUCUGUUGUUUGUGGUUUUGGUUUUUUUUUCCCCUUUGUACUAACUUCUAUUCUGUUCUAUGUCCUUUACAAGCAUCGCCCUGGCUCCUAACAUUUAAUGUACUCCAGGAAAAACUGACAUCUACAACCAUCAGAAACCAGAUGUCUUGACUACUGGUGCUGGGAACCCAAUAGGAGAUAAGCUUAAUAUUCUGACAGUAGGACCACGUGGACCACUUCUUGUGCAAGAUGUUGUUUUCACUGAUGAGAUGGCUCAUUUUGACAGAGAGAGGAUUCCUGAAAGAGUCGUGCAUGCAAAAGGAGCAGGAGCCUUUGGCUAUUUCGAAGUCACUCAUGAUAUUACCCAGUAUUGCAAGGCAAAAGUGUUUGAACACGUUGGAAAGAGAACUCCUAUUGCUAUACGAUUCUCCACUGUUGCUGGAGAAUCUGGGUCAGCUGAUACAGUUCGUGACCCUCGAGGCUUUGCAAUGAAAUUCUAUACAGAAGAGGGUAAUUGGGAUCUUGUGGGAAAUAAUACCCCUAUCUUCUUUAUUCGGGAUGCAUUGUUGUUUCCGUCCUUCAUCCAUAGCCAAAAGAGGAACCCUCAGACUCAUUUGAAGGAUCCAGACAUGAUGUGGGACUUCUGGAGUCUUCGCCCUGAGUCUUUGCAUCAAGUGUCUUUCUUGUUCAGUGAUCGUGGUAUUCCUGAUGGCUAUCGCCAUAUGAAUGGAUACGGCUCACAUACUUUUAAACUGGUUAAUGCUAGUGGAAGAGCAGUUUAUUGCAAAUUCCAUGUGAAGACUGACCAGGGUAUCAAAAAUCUUUCUGUUGAAGAAGCAGGAAGAUUGGCUUCUACUGAUCCUGAUUAUGGAAUACGUGAUCUUUACAAUGCCAUUGCCAAGGGGGACUAUCCAUCAUGGUCUUUCUACAUUCAAGUUAUGACAUUUGAAGAAGCAGAGAAGUUUCCAUUUAAUCCUUUUGAUUUAACUAAGAUUUGGCCACAUGGCGACUACCCUCUCAUCCCUGUGGGAAAGGUUGUCUUGAACAGGAAUCCUGUGAAUUACUUUGUAGAGGUAGAACAGAUGGCGUAUGAUCCUAGCAACAUGCCACCUGGCAUUGAACCUAGCCCUGAUAAAAUGCUGCAGGGUCGUCUUUUUUCGUAUCCUGACACUCAUAGACACCGUCUAGGACCUAACUAUCUACAAAUUCCUGUGAACUGCCCCUUCAGAACUCGUGUGGCCAAUUACCAGAGGGAUGGACCAAUGUGUGUUUCUGACAACCAAGGUGGUGCCCCAAACUAUUAUCCAAAUAGUUUCAGUGGUCCAGAAGAUCAGCCCAUGGUAAAGGAGAGCCGCAUGGCUGUUUCAGGAGAUGUGCAGCGCUUCAAUAGUGCCAAUGAAGAUAAUGUGACUCAGGUGCGAGAAUUCUACACCAAAGUGCUGAAGGAGGAUGAACGCCAAAGGCUGUGUAAAAACAUUGCUGAUCAUCUUAAAGAUGCACAACUCUUCAUUCAGAAGAGAGCAGUGAAAAACUUCACUGAUGUUCAUCCUGACUAUGGUGCCCGUAUUCAGGCUUUGCUGGACAAAUACAAUGCUGAAGGUGGGAAAAAGGAUGUAAUUAGGACAUAUACACAGUCCACGUCUCGUGUGUCUGCCAAAGAAAGAUCCAACCUGUAAAGCGUGCUGCAGAGACUUACUCUUGCGAAUUUUGCGUCCUUACAACUGCAGGACAACCUGCUGAACAUGUUAAUGAAUGUAGCAGACUUCCGCACAAACACAGAAGUGUUUUACAGGCUUGAUUUAUUAAGCUUUCAAGUGCCUGUAUCUGUACUGGAAACUAAGUAACCCAAGCUAACAAUCCUAGUGCCUUUCAACACUAGUGCUUUACUGCUUGUUAACAACACGUGUUUUAAGGAAAUUCAUGACUAAAAAUUGUUUCUAGAAGCAAACAUAAGUUUAAUCAAAAUACUGCUUCUUUUUUUUUUUUAAUUGUAAAACUUCCCAGGCUAAAUCACACAAUAGAACUUCUGUAAUGAUACUGUGAUUAUCCUUAUGGAUAAACUUGUUCAUGUUAAAAAGCUGAUGUUGUUCAAUAUUUCUAAUAAAAUACUUAUCUCUAUGUAUUUGUAGACAUUUCCUUUGAAUUUAAUUUUUGGCCUUCCAGUAAGAUGUUGGUUAUGUCUCGUUCCUUAUGAUCGGAAUGAAGACAAGUAGAAAGUUUAAUCUGUAAUAUGUAAAUUUUAUUCUCAAUAUAUAUUUUGAGAUAAUCUUUGCUUACUAAUGUUAGGUUGGGAUAUAACUAACCUAAAGAUGUUUUCUUAUUACAUAUACUUCCCAGUUAAAUUGAUUACAUCUACAUUUUGGAGAGGGGAGGAAAUUGUUCUUUCUAACAUCUAAGAAUUGAAAUAGAAAAAAACCAGAAAAAUAAUAAUUUUUCAAGUGUCUUGAAAUUAACUUCCAAAUGCACGAAUAUUUUUAUCUUGGCCCAAAUCAAGCUCAAGCAGUUUCAGAACUAUUCCUAAUGGUUCUUGACUUUCUGUUAUUUUACUGCUAUAACCUGAUAUUGCUGUCUAAUGAUCAAGCCAGGGCUAGACUUUAAUUGAAGUGGCAUGUUUGUAUGAAUAUGGGUAUUUAUAGCUAGAUAUAUGUAUAAAGCCUCAUUUCAGGCAUAUUAUAAUGUUGCCUAGUAUUUGCGAUUUAGUUAAUCAGUGCAAAUGAUUUUGGAACCCUUUGGAUUGAAAGGUCUUCCCUAUUAUUCCUUAGAUUGAAAGGAGUUCCUUUAGCUUAGUAAUAUUGGUUUUUGUCUUCUAUCUUGUAGUGUAAUCUUUAAUCAGGCUUUACUAAUUGGCACAAAAUGGAAGCGUUUUUAUAUUUGAGAAAUGAGAGCAAUGUUUAAAUGAUAACUAUGGAAUUUCUGGACACUACCUUGGCUGAAUCUGAGUAGUGGUUACCUAAGAAAGCAUGUUGUCAGCAUCUGAGUGUUUUACUGUACAAGCAUACAACAAAGCCAAGGCUUAAACUACUGUGUUAUAAGGGCAAAAAUCCCACCUAGUAUUUUUUCUUUAGAUAAUUAUUUGGAAAGUGUUACCCAAUUAUGGGGUAAUUAGCGUCCAAGCUGACUACUGAACUUUUGAAUUAAAAAAAUAUAUAUAAUCUGUCAUACAUGUUGCACACUGAAGUUAGUCCUAACAGACCAAAAGAGUUUCAGAAGUGUGCUCAGCAGGAUCGGGCAAUUCGCUGUGGAUCUAAAGUCUGGCAAGUUUUAAUAACUCCUCUGUUACUUCUUCCUCUUCCCUUGCCAAAGAUUAACGUAUAUGUGUGAUUAGCAUUACUCCUAAUUUUGAAAUAUUUGCUUUCCUUGUUUGCCUGCUGAUGCUGCCUCAUUAGCCAUUUGCGUUGGAAAAAGCAUGAAUGCUGAUACAAAGGAUUUCAGAGCCCAGCUACUAGCUCUUAACUCAAGCAAAUGUUAUACAGAUUUCAAAUCAUAGCAGGUUUUUUCUGUAUUCAGUGCAUUUCUGGGUGUGUCUCGAGUUGUGUUUUUUGAGUAGGAGUACUUCCUGAUUUGACAUUUAAGGGUGAAUUGGCGUUCUAAGAAGUGAUGGCAGAUAAAGAAGAGUAGAUAUUAAGUGCUGUUUCAUUAAAUUGUAGAAAGCUACUUCUUUAACUUGUUUAUCUGUAACUUACUGUGAAAAAUUAGCUGUGGUAUAGAUGCAGUAAAAUAAUAUGAACUGAUGGCCUACUCUAUUCUGGGAUUCAACUGGUUUUUUAACUGAUCAGCAGGUGGGAGCUGAAAGAGCUACAUAAAUGAGUGGGAAUAUUUCUUGCUGGAACACAGAAUCCUAAUGAGCUUUGGAAAAGAAUAAGCAAGGCUUAAUCUUUAAUUUUGAUUGUGUCUGCUAAAUGAAUUAUGUUGUCUUCCUCUUUUUUUUCUGAAAUAAAACCAAAUUUUAAAA